AUGGUACAGUCGGGCUCGAACCGAGCCGAGCCGCAAUCCAACAAGCACGCGAUCCGGAAGAGAAAACAGCCAGUGGAGGAUAGCUUCCCGACGAUCAAAGGUGGGUUUGAGGCCACGACCAGAAGUAUCACCCCGGCGGAAAGAGUUAGCGCCAGGGGAUUCGAUCUAGAGGCGCAGGAGGAACUGUAUGAUAAUUGCAUGAGCAGAACCAGAACCUUAGAGGGAGCAAACAGUGGGAGGAGUUUAGGCAGUGAUGUAGAGCUAGUCGGGGUCUCACGCCCGCCGAACUAG